UCUGAUAGUUUGUGUUUGAUCGUUUUCGUCUGAAAGAUCGUUUCUUUUGGUUGAAAUUGGAUUAUUGUAGAAGAAUGGAUUUCUGUGCUGGUUUGAUUGGUGUGAAGUCUGACUGUGAAUGUGAAUUUGUGGAGGAAGAUCCGACUGGGAGAUUCUUAAGGUCUGAUGAAAUCUUGGGGAGGGGAGCAUUCAAGACUGUAUAUAAGGCGUUUGAUGAGGUUGAAGGUUUAGAGGUGGCAUGGAGCCAGGUGCAUGUUGAGGAUGUGUUGCAGACGCCGGAGCAACUUCAGAGGUUGUAUUCUGAGGUUCAUUUGCUGAAGUUGUUGAAGCAUGAAAAUAUCAUCAAGUUCUGUAACUGGUGGGUUGAUGAUAAGAACAAGACUAUCAACAUUAUCACGGAGUUGUUCACUUCUGGGAGCUUGAGGCAGUACCGAAGGAAGCAUAAGAGUGUUGAAUUGAAGGCCAUCAAGAAGUGGGCAAGGCAGAUUCUUCGAGGCUUGCACUAUCUGCAUUCUCAUGAUCCUCCAAUUAUUCAUAGAGAUUUGAAAUGCGACAAUAUAUUUGUCAAUGGAAAUCAAGGGGAAAUAAAAAUUGGAGAUCUUGGAUUGGCAAUAGUCAUGCAGCAACCUACUGCCCAUAGUGUGAUCGGGACUCCAGAAUUCAUGGCUCCCGAGCUUUACGACGAGGAAUAUAAUGAAUUAGUCGACAUCUAUUCUUUUGGCAUGUGCAUGCUAGAAAUGGUGACUUGUGAAUACCCUUACAAUGAAUGUAAAAAUCCUGCACAGAUUUAUAAGAAGGUUACCAAUGGUAUAAAGCCUGCUUCACUCAGUAAAGUGAGUGAUCCUCAAGUCAAGCAGUUCAUAGAGAAGUGUCUGGUUCCAGCUUCAAUGAGACUGCCUGCGGUGGAGCUCUUGAAAGAUCCAUUCCUUGCAAUUGACAAUAUGAAGGAGCGUACCUGUUAUCCAUUGGGAUCACACAAUUUCAUUCCCAAAUUAGAGAACAUGACACAGCCUGAAGCUCGUCCAAUGGAUGUAGAUGCUAACUGCCAGAAGAUUUCUGCUGGCUCUUGCAGGAAAAGCGUCGAUGUAACUUCCAUCUCAUCCGACCCCUCAGUUCUUGAAUUACAAAGAUUCACAGAGAGUAAUGAAUUCACUUUAAGAGCAGAGAAAAGUGCUGAUAAUACCAUCGCAUUGACUUUGCGUAUUGUUGAUCCAUGUGGUCAUGGUAAGACUAUCCAUUUUGAGUUCUACCUUCAUACAGAUACUGCAAUUUCAAUUGCUGGGGAGAUGGCUGAGCAACUUGAUCUCUCAACUGAAGAUGUAUCCGUCACAGCUGAGUUAAUUGAUAGCUUGAUUAUGAAGCUUGUACCCAGCUGGAAACCUACAUCUGACAGUUCAUCAUGUGGAGCAAAUAGUUCAUAUGGGGAUCAGUAUUUAUGUCAAGUUGAUGGAAGUCAUUGGGAUUCAGGGUUUAUCAAUCCUACAUCAAUGAUUUCAGAUAUCUCAGCUGAGUACGGCGUCACUAAUGUCUCAGGCACCACUGAUCUCAAGGUUUUAGAAUCAGACAUGUAUAGUUUUGAUGAAUGCUAUAGAGGUUCAGAUGGGUACUGUUCGAGUCCAGAUUGUUUGGUUCAUGGUCAGCUUAAGCAGAAGAAAUAUGAAGAUGAUUUUGGUGAUUCUAUCGUGAUAAACGACUCAGCAAUGAACUCUUCUAUCUCGAGCCCUGAUAGAUCAAAAACUUGUAGCUUAUCAAGCAUUUGUUCCUUGUCAGAAUUGUCUUUGAUGGAGAAACAUGCGUAUGAUGGGCUCAAAGUGGAGCUGGAUUCAAUUGAUCUGCAGUUUCAUCAACAUUUUCUUGAGCUCUUGAAGAUGAAGGAAGAGGCAAUACAUAACGCAAAGAAGAAGUGGAUAACAAAGAAGAGAAUAGCUGUUCAUUAAUGUCGUGCAUGUUCAUGCUGGGGGUGCUUUUCUGUUUUUUUUUCUUCCAGUUUUUCAUUUCAUUCUUACAUUCAUUUCAUUCUGGUCAUAUUUUAAAACUGUUUAUUUAUGAGGAAUUUU